UCAGGUCUACAGGAACUGGAUGCCUGAUCUGCCACUCGGGUUUACCCACCCUAGCGCAAGGCUUGAAUGGACGACAGAGAACUGACUUGCUUGUGGCAUGGUUGUUUCAAGAGGGUUUGUUACAGUCUUUGUUUGUCUGGAAGUUUUCCUCGUCUCGCGCCCACUUUCUCGCGCGUUCUCUGUGAGAUGAAGCAAACUUCUCCGUCCGCUCACCAUACAGCUAGGUCACAGACUCCAUAACGCAAUGACAGAAGCAGGCUACCACCAAUUCGAAAGCUCACCAACCCCAAGCCAGUCUUCGACACCAUCUGCGUCAACGAAGUCUGAUCCUAUCGAUACCAGCAACCAACAACGUCAACAUGAAGAGACCCAGGCUCCCCCUGCCGACCACAGACACGAUUCCGAGGCACGAGCCGAAAGAAUGCCGGCCCCAGAAGAUGACACUUCGGGCAAAUGUAUCCCCUCACCACUACGCAUGGCUAUGUUUACCGCAGUGGCAGUUUGGGUUAUACUCGCGUGCUACCAGGGCAUUUUAUACAUUACUGGUGCUCAGUCCAUCACCGCUGCGCUCGCCACGGUCUUGAUCUGUACCGCGAUCACUUCAUUGCAACCCUCCUUCCAGGGCAGCUUCAUCUACCUCAUAUCCUACGCCAUCGGCUUCGUGGCGACAGUCAUCGAGACAGCGGUCCAUGAGGGUUAUGCCCACGGUUCAGAGACUCACUCCAGAGGCUCCUCACGGCGGCAUCGAAUCAAAGGCUAUCAGCAGAGAAGACGUCCGCCCCAGAAUACUACGAGCCUGCUCCAUGAUGAACAUACGUGAGCGGGUGCAUGAAAUACGACAAGGCAGCGACAAUCUCAGCGAGCGGAGAUUAGGAGGUAUUGUAGUGUGGUUUAACAGUAUAUAUAGUGCGUAGAAACGUAUACUAGUCUCUGAACACGUGUGUGUAUUCAUCCAGCUUUUGCGACAACACUAGAGACAGGCAUAGA